AUGUCUGCAGUGGUGGAGGUUUGGAUGAGCGAGUUGGCAAAGCUGAAAGACAAGGUGGGGGCUAAGAAGCGAAUGGUGUUUUCAUCGAAGGCCAAACAAGGAGAAGGUGAUGAUGAGGUUAAAGAACAAGUAGUGUUCAAAGAAGCAAGAAUAGAGAGCAGCAGAAUGGCUCAGAUUCAGAGGGACUUGGAUUCCUCUACGCUUUCAGAUGCCAAAGUUCGUUUGCUUAUGGACCGUUUUGUGCCUUGCCGUGAAACUGAAUUUAUUCAGAACAUUGUCAACGAGAUUUCCUUACAAGUAUUAAAUGAUAUCCAUAUCAAUGUGGCAAAAUACCAAGUUGGAAUAGAGGCUAGUGUACGAGAUCUUCAUAAAGUUUUAGAUGUUUACGGAAAUGACGUUUGCAUGGUAGGAAUAUGGGGGACUGGUGGAAUAGGAAAGACAACUGUUGCUAAAGCUGUUUAUAACUCACUGGCCCAAGUGUUUGAAAGGAGUUGUUUUCUGGAAAAUGUAAGAGAAAGAUCAAUACCAUAUGGAGGCCUAGUCGACCUACAAAAUCUUCUUCUUUAUGAGAUUCCAAGGGGAAAGGAAAUAAAGGUUACCAGUGCCGAUAAAGGAAUCAGUGUGAUAAAGGAAAGGUUGAGUGGUAAAAAGGUCCUUGUAAUUGUAGAUGAUGUGGAUCAUUUGGACCAAUUAAACAACUUAGUUGGAGGUUGUGAUUGUUGGAAUGGUUUUACAAGAAAUAGAAAUUUGGAUGAUGAUUAUGUGGAACUUGCAGAAUGUGUGCUGAAGCAUGCUCAAGGUCUUCCUUUAGCUCUCAAGGUUUUAGGUUCUCAUCUAUGUGGUAGAAGUAUAGAUGAGUGGCAUGAUGCAUUGGAUGGGAAUCUGCACUCGGACAUUAAAAAAACUCUCAAAAUAAGCUAUGAUGCAUUGGAAUAUUCAGUGCAAGAAGUUUUCCUUGACAUAGCAUGUUUCUUUAACGGUAGAAAGGUGAACCAUAUGAUACCGAUCCUGGAAGGUUGUGACCUCAAGCCUAAGUAUGCUAUUAAAGUACUCGUAGACAAGGCCCUCAUAAAUAUUGAACAAGGCACAAUUGGGAUGCAUGACUUGCUUGAAGAAUUGGGUAGAAGAAUAGUUUAUCAAGAGUCGCCAAAUGAGCCUAGUGAACGUAGCAGAUUGUGA